AGCAAGCACCUCGCUGCUAGUGGUGACCAUUGAUCAGCCGAGCUGCCGCGUCGUGACGAUGAGGGGGCUCCUCCUGGUGGUCGCCAUGGUCUUGGCCGCGGCGUGCCUCGCGGACGGCAAGGGCGAGUGCGGGGCGUCGCCGCCGGAGAAGGUGGCGCAGAAGCUGGCGCCGUGCGAGUCGGCGGCGAAGAAGCCCAACUCGGCGCCGUCGAGCGGGUGCUGCAACGCGGUGCACACCAUCGGGAAGCAGAGCCCCGAGUGCCUGUGCGCCGUGAUGCUGUCCAAGGCCGCCAUGAAGCACGGGAUCAAGCCCGAGGUCGCCAUUACCAUCCCCAAGCGCUGCAACCUCGUCGACCGCCCCGUCGGCUACAAGUGCGGAGAUUACACACUGCCAUGAGCUGCGAGAACUACUCGAGCACCGGUGCACGAUCCGUCCCAGUAUGAGUAAAGCACGAGGUUGUGUGAUGGUGACGUGUCAGAGCAUGUGUGUGUUGUCACUAAACGAGACUGGAGAUUACCAUCCAUGUCGAAGCUGCAGCGUGACGAGUGUAUCGAUAGAUAUACGUACUCUAGUGUAGUCAGUGUCAGCCGUCAGGGAUCCCUGAGAUGUAGUCUUGCAUCCUCGAAAUAAGACUCGUCUUAGCUUCUUGGACAAACUCGGUUAGAGAUGCUUGUGUGCACUGACUCGUAGUACCUCCUCCGUUUGUAUCACACCAAUCGAAUAAAUGACAUG